CGUGCAUCCUUCCUUGCACCGCCACCGCUGCCUCCCCCGCCCAGCCGCCGCCUGUGCUCUCCCUUUCAGCACCACCGCCGCCGCUGGGCCCUUCUCUCCCUCACUGCUGCUCUCUCUCCCUGUGCAGAUCUACCAGGCGCCUAGAUCUCCAGCUCUCGCGUGUCUCCUCCUCUGCCACGGUUCCUCCGUCGCGCCGCCGCACAACCAGGUGCAACCCGCCGCCUCCAAGCCGCCCCUCCUCCACUCUAGGCUCUGUCUUCUUCACGUUUGUUGUGCAGCAACCACAACCAGCAACCCGACCCGCUAGUUAGUGGAUCAAGUCCCCCCGGUUCGCCCAGCCUUCAACCCGGUUUGACUAACCCGGUUGAACCGCCCAGACCCGGUUCAACCAGCAGGCAGGCCCAAGUUCUCAAUAAAAAAAAAAACAGCAACAUGUCUUCCACCUCCGAUGACGGUAGCAAUGCGACUCCUCCUCCUCCCAAGGCCGAUCUUGCCCCACCUACUCCAACGUCUGCCAAGGCGGAUUUUCAUCCUGCUCUUGUCGUUUCCAACAUUAAGAAUCACAUUCCUCUUGUCCUUGAUAUGGAAACUGAUCGCUAUGGCACGUGGGCGGAACUUUUUCGCAUUCAUGCCCGUUCUCAUCGGGUUCUGCAUCAUAUUGUUCCAUCCACAGACAAACCACCACCAGCCGUCACUGACCCCACAUAUGAUCAGUAGGCUACUUUGGAUUCCAUCGUCCUGCAGUGGAUCUAUUCCACCAUUUCCCUUGACUUGCUGUCCACAGUCAUGGAACCCAAUUCCACAGCUUUGGCCGCUUGGGAGCGUUUGGCUGAUAUCUUCCAUGACAAUCAGAAUGCGCGUGCAGUUGCUUUGGAGCAGGAAUUCUCUAGUGUCCGUAUGGAGACCUUUCCGAAUGUCACUACUUACUGUCAGCGUCUGAAGACGCUUUCUGACCAGCUCCGGGAUGUGGGUGCUCCUGUGAACAAUCACCGUCUCGUUUUGCAGCUUAUUUCUGGUCUAACUGAUGCCUACAAGGGCGUUGCAACAUUGAUCCGCCAGAGCAAUCCGCUCCCCACUUUUCAUCAUGCUCGCUCCAUGCUUACCCUAGAGGAAGCAGGUUUGGCUAAGAUGAAGCCUGUUGAGCCUCCUGCUGCCUAUGUUGCUACUCAGUCGCGUGCCUCUGAUGUCUCCUCCCAGAGCACUGAUCGUCGGUCCUCCAACCGUUCUCGUUCCCACAAUUCUAAGGGUCGUGGUGGGAAUCGCGGAAACGGUGGCGGAUCCCGUCGUGGCACCUCUCAGGGCUCCUAUCCUCCGAUGCCACCUCAGCCACAGUACUUCUUGUACCAGCAUUGGGGAUGGGCCCCGCCUCCAUGGGUUGUGCCUUCGUGCCCAUACCCAACCUCUUAGUGGACUCGUCCCUCUGCUCCUCCACGCCAACCAGGCAUUCUGGGCCAGCGUCCUCAGGCUUAUGCUGCUUCGGCCUCACCCGUGCCCACUGACAUUGCCACUGCCAUGCACACUAUGACGCUUGCUCCUCCCGACAGCACAUGGUAUAUGGACACAGGAGCAUCAUCUCAUGUAGCAGCUU